UUUUGCUUUACCCUUCUGGUAUGCUAUUCCUGUCGCGAGACUUCCCGCUCCUCCGCCACUCCCUUUGCCGCCGCCUUAGCUGGGGACCCGGACCCAACCUCUCCCCUACCCGAUCACCCGCCCCGGCUCCACCGAGGCUCCGGUCCCCCAGCCCCGCCUCGCCGCCGCCAUGGCGGACCCUAAAUACGCCGAUCUUCCCGGCAUUGCCAGGAACGAACCAGAUGUUUAUGAAACCAGCGACCUACCUGAGGAUGAUCAAGCAGAGUUGAUGCGGUAAGACUAUGAGGAGCUGACGAGCACAAGUGUGGAGCACAUCAUUGUCAAUCCCAAUGCUGCCUAUGACAAGUUCAAGGACAAGAGAGUGGGGACAAAGGGACUUGAUUUCUCAGAUCGCAUUGGAAAAACCAAGAGGACAGGAUAUGAAUCCGGAGAAUAUGAGAUGCUUGGAGAGGGUCUGGGAGUGAAGGAGACACCUCAGCAAAAGUACCAGCGACUACUGCAUGAAGUCCAAGAGCUGACAGCUGAAGUUGAAAAAAUCAAGACAACAGUGAAGGAGUCAGCCACUGAAGAGAAGCUGACCCCAGUGGUGCUGGCUAAACAGCUGGCAUCCCUGAAGCAGCAGCUCGUUGCUUCACACCUGGAGAAGCUGCUGGGACCAGAUGCCACAAUCAACCUCAGACCCGAUGGAGCUCUGGCUAAGCGCCUACUGCUGCAGCUGGAAGCAACAAAGAACAGCAAAGGGAGUUCAGGGGGAAAGACCACCAGUGGGACCCCGGCAGACAACAACCUCGUCACUUACGAACUACAUUCUCGGCCUGAGCAGGACAAAUUCUCUCAAGCUGCCAAACUUGCAGAACUUGAGAAGCGUCUGACAGAGCUGGAAGCAACUGUACGCUGUGAUCAGGAUGCUCAGGUCAGGUGUUCUCCUAUUCUUAGUCUGAGCCUUAGAUCUUGCACCCUGAGCCCUAAGGUCUACAUAACAUUCCACACAAAACCUGGGAAGAUAGGAAAGGGCUUCAGUUACUGGAAUCAACCAGUAGGUUGCCAGCUAGAACCAGGAGAAUGGGAGAAAGAGACUGUAGAGCUGUUGCAGGCAAAGGUGAGCGCCUUGGACCUUGCAGUUUUAGACCAAGUAGAGGCUCGGCUACAGAGUGUCCUGGGGAAGGUGAAUGAGAUUGCCAAGCAUAAAGCCUCUGUGGAGGAUGCAGAUACACAAAGCAAGGUGCACCACCUAUACGAAAUACAGCGCUGGAGCCCCAUUGCUUCCACCCUUCCUGAGCUGGUACAGAGACUUGUUACCAUCAAACAACUGCAUGAGCAAGCAAUGCAGUUUGGUCAGCUCCUGACACAUUUGGACACUACCCAGCAGAUGAUUGCCAGUUCUCUCAAGGACAAUUCCACCCUCUUGACCCAGGUACAGACAACCAUGUGUGAAAACCUGGCCACAGUUGAGGGGAAUUUUGCCAGUAUUGACGAGCGGAUGAAGAAGCUGGGAAAGUGAGCAACCUUUGGGAGGUGGAGAUCAAGGGUUAACCCCUACUCCUCUGAUAUUAACAGCUUACACAGGGUUUCCCUUCAUUAUAACUCUCAAAAUCCCAUCCCAUUUGACACUGGGGCAAGGGUUCUUCUUGCAUGUGGGGUUUAUACCCCUCCCCUGAUCAAUACAGAGUGGUAGCUGGGGGAUAUUAGAUGUGGGCUCCCCUUAGGCCCAGGGGAAGAAGACAUGGGCCCAGCUAUAUGCCAGCUCCUGGCCAAAACUGCUUUGCCUGGUGUGGGGGAGGUUUGGGCCCUGGCCUCCAACACAGCUUUUGUGGCUGACUAUAAUACUGUACAACUGUUUCUGACCAUUAAAUGCUGUUGUACUCUGUGUAGCCUCUGCUAUAUUUCCUGGGGAAGAGGCAGCACUGAGACACAGACAUUCAGAGCACAAUAGGCAAUCUAAGCCACUCUCUACUGAAGACGGAUUUCAGUUGUAACCUGUUCUUACCAAAGAACUAAAUAAAAAUGAGUACAGAGCCAGAGA